AUGACGAGGACUCGUGCCACCAAUUCGAGCUCGAGUAAUGGGAACACGGAGGCCUUCAGGGAAUUCUUCAAGAAGCUUAGGGCCAUGACUCAAAUGAUGAAGGACUAUAUGUCGGCCCCAACUGUAUUUUCCCUUGACCAGGCAGAAAGUAGAUUGAUUGAGAGGUUCUGGAGACUUGUGUCCCCCAACAUUCUCAGGACAUGGGGGAUUAGAAAAAGCAGAGAGAUGGAGGAGGAAGCCCGUGAUAUCGACGGAUCAUUUAAUGGUUCGAGAGAUGAAGUUGUUAGAGGAUAUAGUGGGAUGGCAUCCGGCUCCCCCCUUGGUGAUUGGAUUCGGAGAUCGGGUUUGUAUCCAGAACGAUGUGGAUGUGAAGAAGCUAUCUUAGAGGAAGCUUACCGCUCUCACUAUGCUAUACAUCCCUGGAGUCCUAAGUUGUAUCAGGACCUGAAGAAAAUUUUCUGGUGGAAUGACAUGAAAAGGGGAAUAGCACUUUUUGUUUCUCAGUGCUUAACAUGCCAGCAAGUGAAAGUGGAGCAUCAAAAACCCGUCGGGUUGUUGCAGCCCUUACCCAUGCUGGAAUGGAAAUGGGAGCACAUUGCUAUGGACUUUGUCUCUGGUUUGCGUAGAAUGAGUUCUGAGUAA